AUGGCCUCUGGAAAUGAAGUUAUAUUUAGUAAAAUAGAAGAUAGAAUACAAUCUUUUAAUAAUUCUGAAUGGAUUAACACUGUUGAUUGGACACGUGAUUACCGAAAGUUUGCUUUGGCUGGAUUUUAUUCGAUAGGACAUUUAGAUUACGUUAAAUGCUUUAGCUGUGAUGGACGUUUGUGCUCAUGGACACGAGUUGAUGAUCCAUGGAUCGAACACGCAAAGCAUUACCCUCAUUGUGACUAUCUUAGAGCACAGAAAUGUCAAAGUUUUAUAACAACUUGUCGAGAAAUGUAUUAUGAAAGACCUGUUGUAAAUGUAGAAAUGUUAUUUGAGUACACGUACUCAUCACCGCAUCCUCCUUUGGUUGUUCAAACACCACCAUCUGUUGAAAUACAACAAAGUCAUCAACAGAAUAAUAAAAUGCUUUGUAAGAUAUGCUAUGAAAAUGUAAUGGAAGUGGUGUUUCUACCUUGCGCACAUCAGAUAUCGUGUAUAAGAUGUAGUCAGCGUUUGCUCAAAUGUCCUUAUUGUAGAGCUAAUGUUACAAAAAGAUUAAAAGUAUUUAUAUGUUAA